UCUGUGCCUGAGAGUUCUGUUUUUCUCAGUUUCCACAAAAGGGAAGUGAGUUUUGCUGAGGCAGGUUUUCUAGCUCAGUAGUUAGAUGCACAGCAGACUUGAGUGGACAGAGAGGGAAUCAUGAAUGCUACAGCUUCUUUUCAGGAGGAUGAGGAGACGGAGCUGGGCUUAGCGGGGGCCUGCGUGAUCCUGGGGGUGUGUUUUCUGGUGGGCACACCUGGCAACCUGCUGGUGGUGUGGACCAUCUUGAAGCAUGUCAAGCAGCGGUCACAUACGGUGCUGCUCAUCCUCCACCUUGCGGUCGCCGAUCUUCUGGUGCUGGUCACUCUUCCGCUGUGGAUCUACUCGCUGGCCCGUUCCUGGGUGUUUGGAGAGGCCGCCUGCAAAGCCAUGGUGUACAUCAUCAAUGCCUGCAUGUACAGCAGCGUCUUCAUCAUCACCGUCAUGAGCGUGGAGCGCUUCCUGGCUGUCAGAUACCCCUUCGCCUCGAUCGGCUGGAAGAAGAGACAAGCACUGAACAAGGUACUUCUAAUUAUAUGGAUGGCUUCAUUCCUCCUCAGCAUUCCCAUCAUUGAAACUCAAACUUUGGGAGACGUUCACGGACAAAAUCAAUGUCUGUUCAGGGAGUAUGAGAGUGAUGCCAAGGAAGCCGUGUUUCUCACUUUAGAGUCUCUUAUAGGCUUUGUCAUCCCUUUCUUCACUCUUUUGGUCUGUUACGGCUGCCUCUUUAGUCGCAUAGUGCAGAUGAACUUCAAGUCCAAGCGCAAGUCGACGGGUCUCAUCUGCGGUGUGGUGGUGAUGUUCGGUCUCUGCUGGAUUCCUUAUCAUGUGGGGAACUUUCUUUCGCUCAUCUCGCUCGCCGUCAAGCAUUCGAACCCCGUCGUGGCGGAAAGUUUGGAGGAAGCCUGCACCACAAUGACCAUUAUAGCAGGAGCCCUGGCGUUCAUCAGUAGCUCGGUCAAUCCAGUGCUUUACGUGUUUGCUGCGCGUACCUUCCGCAGCUCGCUCCGGGAAACUGGAAUACAGAAGCUCUUCCAGCACAUGUCCAGCGCAGUGUUGGGUGAAGGGAAUAAAGAGUUGUCAUUUGUGUCAAAAAGACAGAGUUCGCACACCACCAACUCACAGUGCCUCAUGGACUCGAAAGCGCCUGUAGAUACGACUAUGGAAUCGUGCAUCAGUACCUCAGACUGACUCUGUAAGAAGAUUUAAACCCAGAAACUUUUAUUUCUUCAAAAAAAAAGUGCUUGACAUUUUUUACGCCAUUUGUAUUUUAGAAUUGCAUUCAUUUUAUGAAAUAUGUUUUUGUGCCUUGUUCUUUGUGUUCUGAGUAUAUUUUAAUACUCACUGAGAUGUUAUUUUAAAUUGCAGCUGCAUGUUAUACCAUGAAACCACUUUUAUAUUUGGUUUAUAACUCAAAUUCCUUUAUAGCGAUUAUUUCUGUCUAUUGACAAUCUAAUUCCCAUGGUAUCUGUAAACAUCCUAUUUUAGUCUUGCAUCUUCUGUGCCUUAUGAUUUCAACAGCUUCCUUUUCCUUGCAACGUGUGUUUUUGUGAUUCUUGUAACAGAGUGAAAGAGGAAGUGGGCAUUAAACGGAACAAAGAUCGUCUGGAAGAAGAUUCCAUGAAAUGUCAUUCCUUUCUAUUUAAAAUUUAACAGUCUAUUACAUUAUUAUUGAUCUUUAUUUUGUUAUUUCUUGGAACAUUUAACAAAUGAUUUAACAUACUGUCUAAAGCAGAGGAAAAACUUUCUUUUUUUGUGAAAGCUUUUUUUUUUUUUGAUACUUCUCAGUAAUGUAUCUUUACUGUCUGAAUUAAAAAGCCUGGAAUACGUUACACAACAUUUGUAUGACUUUUUGCCCUGUUCAGCACUCUGGGUUAGUCAGCUCUAGUCAAAGUCAGAGCAAGUCUGCAGAUUUUGGUCAUUCUGAGUUUGCACGUAUUCCACAGAUAAUUGCGCAGUGUAUGAUAAGCACAGACUCUGAAGUUUUUUUUUUUUUUUUUACAUACAGCCCAUGUUUGAUAUUGUGAACUGAUUUAUAAACACAUCGUUUCCUUAGCAACAAGGCUUAUGUUUUUAUGUGGGUUUGCUGUCUUCAAUACAACUAAUAAAAGUCUAGUAGUGUGUUA